UAUACUUACGCUCGGUGACACUUGACAAAGCCCCUGAGGAAUACUUAGCAACUUGGUAGAUUCAGGAGAGUUGUCAAUGUCAAAAUGACACGCUGCUCCUUUCAUUCGCUUCCCCAGAGACUGUGUGCAGCAUCCUCAAGAUCGUACUUGAAAGUACGGUCGAAGAUGACAUGACGGAGACCCCCGAAAACAUGAACAAGGUGCUGGCAAGGAGCUUGCCGUUCCCUCAUAACAUGGCAUUGGUGUGCAAACACUGGCGAAACAUUGUAUCCUCUACGCCGGAGCUGUGGACUCGGAUAUUUUGGGCACCAUUCCUGGAUGACCAAUGGGUUAAUCUCCAGCUGGAGAAGACGGGGAGUUACCCAGUCCAUUUUAUAAUCAACGUCAAGGGAGCUCUAAGCAGACGUUUUCCCUUAUCCCUCAUUUCAUCGCAUCUUCAACGACUCAAGAGCCUCACAAUAACUGGCGUCCUCGAUGAAUACAGAGAUUCCGGAAUGUUAUUGGGAUGUGCGCCUCAGCUCGAUCGUUUACGAUUGACAGAUAUCAGAGCUUUUGGUUGUUUCGCUUACCCGGUAUCGCGUUUGAAACUGGAGUGUCCCACCCUUAGGUCCCUUUACGUCGACAAGAAUACUAUGGCUUAUUACCUUCCUCACGAAUGGCUGAAGAAUAACAUGCAACAUAUUGAAGUAUUGACCAUUUACGGCGGCUCCCCGAUCAAUAGACCGACAUCCAUGGCGAUUUCUCAAACCUUGGAGGCAAUGCCGCUGCGAAUACCUUGCCUCAUUCUCGACGACCUGCAGUUUUACGUCGCCUAUGCUGGAGCCUACAGCAUCACAAUCCGGGCAGACAAAGUCAUUCUACGUACAUGCAUCGGAGACGUUUUGACUGCGUUCGAUGGUGAUUGUCAAACCAUCGUUCUCCGGGAUUGCGAUUCUAUCCAUGAACUUCGUUGCCUAUCGUUACCCCCCUCAAAUUCGUUGGAGUUGGAUGGGUGCGCUGCUACACGUGGCUUGCGAUGGGUGUCAAAAACACGCCCGUGGAAUGGUGAUACUGUGACCAUCACGAACAGCCACCCUUCCUGCAUCAAGAUCAUCCUGUAUUUCCUCGGUGCACCUUUCGCUCGCCGUAAUUGCUCACUGUGGCCCCGUGUCACCACGCUCAGACUCGUAGCGAAGGGUGAUUUCGUUAUAGAGUUACCCUUGAUGAUACUGAAGGAAAUGGUCAGCAGCCGCCAGAGGCAAGCUGGAGGGCAAGAGAAUUCAGGGAAGGACGGCGAGGAGCUGGAAGACACUGUGCGUCCGCUUAGGGUCCUUCAUGUGCAUGGGGCACAACCUCUUCGAUCCGAAGAGGAAAUGUGGUUCAAGAAACAGGUGAGGGACUUCGUGUGGAAUUAGAAAAGGAGCGAAUGAAAGACAAGGGAAAGAGACUAUCGCAGCAAGCAGUUAAGAAGCAAAAUAUGCGUGGAUUGGUUCAGG